ACACGAGGGAAGGGGGGGCCAAGCGGGAAAGGCACGGCUCCAGUUCAAGCGAGGCUUCGGAGAGAGGUCGGCGGAGGAGGCGCAAUGGACGCAUUGCUUUGGUGACAUUUCCGAGCAAGGGGUUUGAGCGAGCCAAGGCGCAGCCGGAGGCCGGGAGAGCAACGCCGGAGGAAACGGCAAGCCUCGCUUCUUUUUGCCUGUAUUGUAACGGAGGGAAAGAGACUCAUUCAAGAGCAUGAGUGAACUGGAACAGCUGCGGCAGGAGGCAGAACAGCUUCGGAAUCAAAUCAGAGAUGCCAGAAAAGCAUGUAGUGAUACAACUCUUGCUCAGAUCACCACAAGUCUUGACUCAGUGGGCCGAAUUCAGAUGCGCACCAGACGUACCCUGAGAGGGCAUUUAGCUAAAAUUUAUGCCAUGCACUGGGGAUCUGAUUCAAGGCUACUAGUCAGCGCUUCUCAAGAUGGAAAAUUAAUUAUUUGGGAUAGCUAUACAACAAAUAAGAUGCAUGCCAUUCCGUUGAGAUCUUCCUGGGUCAUGACCUGUGCAUAUGCACCGUCGGGAAAUUAUGUUGCCUGUGGUGGACUGGACAACAUCUGCUCCAUAUACAACCUGAAGACGAGAGAGGGCAACGUACGAGUGAGCAGAGAGCUACCCGGCCACACUGGGUACUUGUCUUGUUGUCGCUUCCUAGAUGACAACCAGAUAGUCACAAGUUCAGGAGACACCACCUGUGCUCUGUGGGACAUUGAGACUGGCCAGCAGACUACUGCUUUUACUGGCCAUACUGGCGACGUCAUGAGUCUUUCUCUAAGUCCAGACAUGAGCACUUUUGUUUCGGGGGCCUGUGAUGCUUCCUCCAAGCUCUGGGAUAUCCGAGACGGGAUGUGCCGGCAGUCUUUCACAGGGCACGUGUCUGACAUCAAUGCAGUGUGUUUCUUCCCCAAUGGCCAUGCGUUCGCCACUGGCUCAGACGACGCCACCUGUCGGCUGUUUGACCUGCGAGCAGACCAGGAGCUCAUGAUGUACUCUCAUGACAACAUCAUCUGCGGAAUCACAUCAGUCGCCUUCUCCAAGAGCGGACGCCUCUUGUUGGCCGGUUACGAUGACUUCAACUGCAAUGUUUGGGACACCUUGAAGGGAGAAAGAGCAGGUGUUCUUGCCGGCCACGACAACCGAGUCAGCUGUUUAGGAGUCACCGACGAUGGAAUGGCUGUAGCUACAGGAUCUUGGGACAGUUUUCUCAGAAUCUGGAAUUAAUUUGUCAGUCGAAAACAACACAGACAGACACGCACACCUUUCUCCACCGAGAUCUGGAGAGAUCAAUGCUGCAGCCUAUUGCUGUGAAAUAACAUUUCUACCUUGUAUUUACAGGUGAAGUUUUUCUACUCACUGAUUAUUGCAUAAAUAGGCUUUCUGUAAAUGACGUUUAAAAAAACACAAAAACAAAAUCAAGUGAAGAAGAGGUUGGGUGGGAGAAAAUCAGUGACUUUUUUUAAAAGAGAAAAAGGGGGUGGGGGGGGGCAGUACAUGUGUUAAUGGUGACCGAAGCUAAAAAGAGCCAGUCCGUCUUGUGUUUGGUGGUUUGGCUACAUUUUGUCCUGGAAGGAUUUCUGCUUGUGCCCGAGUCCUGCUACUCCUGUACCCCCUCCCCUUUUUUGUACAUAACUGAAUAUACACAAUAGCAGCCAAUCAUGUAACAUUUUGUCUGUAAGUAAAGAAACGAUGCAUUUUUUUAAGGAACCUGCGUUUAUAUAGCUCUGCGUUUAACCCGAAAUGUCUCCUCCUGCGACGGAUCAACUUAGAUUUCUGUUUUAAAAACGUGGAUUUCUUUUUUUCCUUUCUUUUUUGUUAUUUUCUAAUUCUUGGUGAAUUUUACUGUAGAUAAAGCGUGAAGUCGAUGAGCUGUUUGUGGUUUCUAUAACAGAAGGUGUUUCGAAUUA